CACGUGUUUAAGCUUUCAUUGAUCUGAAUCAUUAAAGAUUCAUACUUCUGAGUAGUGUGUACGCAAUGAAUAUUGCUGUAACUAGUAAAUUUCUGCGAUUUAUUCGCACAAAUGUUUCAAAGUAUCAAAAAGUAACAUUGUUUAGCACGAAACCCGAACAUCCUUCGAUACCUGUAAAUCAAUUAAAAGAAAUAUUCAGUGCUACUGAACAAAAUGAAACUGGAGCAAUGUAUGAUAAGAAACCUUUCAAGAUACGUUGUGAAGCUGGAAAAAUCUAUCAUUGGUGUACAUGUGGGCAAAGUAAAAGACAACCUUUUUGUGAUGGUACUCAUAAAAACAUAUUUUUAAAAAUUAAAUUACGGCCUGUUCGAUUUACUGUAACAGAGACUAAAGAUUACUGGCUAUGUAAUUGUAAACAAACAUUGAAUAGACCUUUUUGUGAUGGAACUCACAAAAGACAAGAUAUCCAAGAAUUAAAACGUUAAGCUCACAUAGAUCUAUAUAAGUGUUGUCUUGUAUUUAUUAUUAUGUUACUCAUAAAUAAAACAAGAUCUUUCUUUUAUUAUUA